AUGGAGUGCGUCUUCCGCCCGGCCCAGAGCACCGACUGCGACCACGUCAUGGCCAUGAUCCGCGAGAUUGCCGAAUAUCAUAACAAGCUGGACAAGGUGACAAUUAACUCCCAGGUGUUGGGGGCUGACAGGUUUGGAGGGGACCCCUUCUACCAAUGUCUCGUAGCAGAACUGGCCCCAGAGCAAGAAGACAAGCAAGGUCACCUAAUCAGCUACGUCUUAUUCUUCUUUGGGUACAGUGUGAACACAGGCCGUAUCGUCUACUUGGAGAAUCUGUAUGUGGUCUCUGAAUUCAGAGGCCCGGGGAUCGGGAAGAAGCUGCUGAGUGAAAUGGCUAAGGCGGUGCUGGCCCGGGGCUGCAGCGAGAUGAAGUUCAUGGUGGUGGCGUGGAACAGCCAGGCCCUGGCGUGGUACCGGCACCUCGGGGCCCAGGACAAGACGGAGGCGAGCGACUGGCACUGCUUCGAGCUGGGGGCCGAGGCCCUGCGCAGGCUGGCAGGGGACGGACGGUGAUUCGGGGCCAUGGGGAGCCGGGCUGGGGCCACGGAGCUAAACCAGCCGGAGCCCUCCGGGCCCCAUGGAGUCCUGCGUCUGCACCCCACAGCCCUCCAUCCCUCCUUCCAUCCCACACAGCCCUCCAUCCAUCCAGCCCUCCUUCCAUCCCCCAUAGCCCUCCAGCCCUCCUUCCAUCCCCCAUAGCCCUCCAUCCCUCCUUCCAUC